UGGAGCGCUGCGGACGAAGGCCCACGAGAGCCAGCGACGCGCAGGGCCUGCCCGCUCCGGACAGCUGCCCGCUUCGCUGGGGCUGCCCCACGCGCAGGCUAUGGGCCUCAGGUUUUCACAGCAGUCAGCAGAAGGCACCAUGGAGCAGUUUACAGCCUCAGCGCCCACCUUCCACGUCAGCAUUAAGGGUCUGUGGGGCAGAGAGUUUUACCUACCUGUGCGUUUGGAUGACACAGUGGAAGAGCUAAAGGCUAGGAUGCACCCCGCGCCUGAUCAGGUGAGGCUGAUUUAUGGAGGCAGAGAGAUGGAGGAUAACAAGCGUCUGCGGGACUAUGGAGUAACCCCCAACUGCGUUAUAUAUUAUGUAUUAAGAUUGCGUGGUGGUAGCUUGGAAGCCAUUGGAAGUGGUAUUUCUUCAGAAAUACAAGAAGAAUCUCAGUCCCCUUCUGCACUUCUGACAGAUGAAGCCUCAGGGAAUACAGAGGAAAGCAAGGAGGCGGUGCUGCUGGGCUCUCCAGAACAGGAAGAAUGCCACUGUAAGAGGCAGGCCCUUACAGAAGUGACGCCAGAGAUGGUCCAAACCUCUCCAAAGAGCCACAUCUAUUAUCGAGCUCACUUUCCUGGAGCAGGCUCCUUCCAGUGUUCUGUAACAGGCCUUGGCUUUGAGGUGAACUCGGCAGUGACUAUCCAGUACAGAUAUGCCUCCUGGAACAAGCAUCUGAGUGCAGAUGACCAAGAGGAAUGGGUCAUCACCGGACCCUUGUUCCACAUCAAGGUGCAUCCUGGAGCUGUGGGUGCUGUGCAUCUCCCCCAUUUUGUGUGCCUAACAGAAGGUGUAGAUGUCAGCAACUGCAGAAUUGCCCAUUUUAAAUCUGGGAGGAUGACCGCUGAGAAACCAACACAGCUGAAUGCUUUCUAUGCUGUCCUGGAAAAUCCCAGCUUUUCACUGCUUGGUGUGUUUUGGCGAAGGUUACGUUCAACCUUAAAUUCACUCCCCAUGCAUUCCUUGGUGCUGAUCUUUCAGCAGCUCAGAGCUGCAGAUACAACUCUUCACCUCUACCUGAUCCCAGAUGAUAACUCUGUGAAGCAGGCCAUUGAAAAACAAGAAACGAACUGGAAUUCAAGGCUUAUUCCCAAGCCUUCUCCCCAGAGCCCUCUGGUCUUUGGCUGCAGUUAUCAAGUCUGCAGUACACCUCAUGUGGUGAUAACACCUGAACCACUCUUGCCAUUUUGCUACAAGAGUCCAAAGCAACAGCAGUUCUUUAUUGAGAUCUACAUCAGAAAUAUGGCAGAUGAAAUUUGGUUCCGUAUGAUAGAUAAACGCGAUGGCAAACUGGUCUGGAGGGCAUCACUGAGAUCAGGUGAUAUUAAUCCUCCCAGCUCUGCCUGCAGGACCCUUUCAGGUGCAGUCUUCAUGAAGGAGCACAAGAAUGAGCUUUGUCGUAGGAUGGGCAGUAUCUCCCCUAUUCUGCUACACUUACGGGAUGCAGACGUAAUCAACAGUGAUGAAGAAGAGGAGGUACGAAGUCAAGACACAAGUCGAAAGAAGAACCGCGUUUUGCUGCAGCUAGUUGAGAGAAAAGGACCUGAGGCCCAAGAGCAGGUCUACAAGAUUCUCUUGGAAAAAGACCCAUUCCUCAUGAAAGACUUAGAGAAGUCUAGCUAGGCCAGGAAAAACGGACAGCUUCUGCUACCGCAGUCCAGCAUAAGGGAGCAACAGAAGGGUAGUCAGGCAAAAGGAGGGGUUUCUCUUUGCCUGAAUCUUAACCUCUUAGUCCAAAAUCAGUGACACAAAGCAUCAGUUAAAGCCUGCUGAACUUCCUGGUCUCAUACCUGCACUAUUUAGCUGAAUGACUUGCAAGCAAGGGAAGACCACUGUCAUGCUGUUCCUCCAGCGAGAAGCUCCUGGAACUAGCCCCAAGGAGAAGAGACCUUGGUUCCUUAUCUAUCACCACUCCCACAGACCCUUUCGCCACUCUGAGUAGGGCCUUUGCCCUCUCCAGAGGGCCUCCAACCAGCUCCUAGCAGAAAAGCCUCCCAUCACAACAGGGUGCUUCAACUUCAACCUCUGUCUUCAAGGUUCUGCAGGAUCCUUGGGUGAGCUGCUUUACCACACAGAACUGUUUGCAAAGGAACAAGACAAAGCAAGCCAGUUACGAACACAUAUCAGUGUGAAACCUCAUUUCCUUCCAACUUAAUCUUCCCAUGUGACCAAAAUUCUCUGAAGUAGCAAACAAGCGUUCAUUCCCCCAGAAGCAGCCAAGUGAUGUAGCACCCCUAGAGAAGCCACAAAAAAUAGCAGAGAGAUGAGAUAUAGACUUGUAAAAAUCUGAAUCUUUAGUAGCUGCUUUACAUUAAAAAGAAAGCCAGCAGAUUACUUUUAAAUCAUGUUCUCUGUAUCCACACAGAAAGUCCCUUUCAGAAUCAGAUUUUUUCUGUGUUCCUACUGACAAUACUAACAAACUUCAUCCUACUGCUAUUAAAAAUGCACUUUUCCCUGACUUUAAGGUCAUGUAAAACUAGGACCUGACAUACUUUGGACUUCUUUCACUGCCCACUCUCUGGUCAACUCCCUACUCUCUGGCCACAUCAUUAGGUGGGGCAGAAGUACCUUUGCCAACAAUCUGGCUGACCUGGAGAGUUACCAGUACCCAUAUGAGGGACUCAUGGAUAGGGUUGGCAAGCAAAAGCCUUAGGGUGAUGUGAACAAAAGGAAACACAUAAUCAACACUACAGGGCUAAAGGGGGGACAACCUGUUCUAGAUGAGCUUGGGCUAGAUGAUCUCCAGGGAUCCCUGCCAGUUUCAACCAUUCUCUAAUGCUGUGAUUCUGUCAAGUGCCAAAGUUCUUCUGUCUCUCUGCUGCUGUCUCUGCAAGGACACUUGCCCUCCCACCAGCUCCACAACUUGUCUGGGUGCCAGGAGUUCUUGUAUCUGUCACCAACCUCUACAGCUUGUGUGUGUUUUAAAUCACUUACUUAAAGGUUGUGUUGUUCUUGUAUCACAAUAAACAUCCCCUUUCCCUCCAGCAUACCACCCUAACUCUAUUCAUCCCCCUUGCAGUCCCUGCUGUCUCCUCUCAUUCUUAAACAUUUCCAGUAUUUUCGGACUCUUUGCAGAAGUUAAGCUGUCUCCUAGUCAUUUUCCUUACCUUGAUGUUGCUGUUGUCUUGUUUUCCAGAAAAUGCCAUGCCAGUGUUCAGGUGUAAACCAUGAUAUGAUAGUCUUUUCAGCAUGUCUCUUCAUCCUUUGUGUAGUCAAUGUUGCAUUUCCUUUUCUGAUCACCACUUUCAUCUGUGGUUCCUGCACAUAUAGGACUAAAACUGUUGGCUCUUCAUAGGAAACUAUAGUUCCUAAAGAUGAGCAGCAUAAAUAGACACAUGUAGCCACACAGAGUCCUGCCUAUCCUUGGCACAGGCAUAUAGGCCUGUUGGAGCAAUGCUGUGAGAAAAAGCUUGCAAAUAGUUAACAAGACUCAAGGACAAGGGGGAGAGACAAAUGCAAAGGAUAACCAGCUCCGGCUAAAUAACCUUGAUGAAACCACAGCGCUUUGAAGAAUGUAAGGGCUAGGUAAGACAAAAACAGCAGAAUAACCCAGAAGUGACCUUAGGUUCAUUAAGGCUUAUUAACAUAUUAAACUACACACCCCUAAGUGAAUAAUGAGAUGGAAAUGACACGAUAAUGAUGUUACCGCCUCUUCUUCGCUUCCUCUGCUAAUUAACAGGAAUGUGAAAGCGCAGAGCGGUUACCUGAUGUAAUGAAAUUGUAACCAAUGGAAAGAUUUGUAUAAAGUACUCCCUGAAAAGUGUGUAUAAAUCAAGAAUGAGAGGGGGAGAAGGUGUGCUAGCUGUGUGGAUUUACCACCUAGCCCCCAUCUCUGCGCAGAAAUGAAAUAAACAGAUACCUCGACCCUGUGUGUCUAUUGGGUGCUUGCACAGCGGGUAACAGAACCCAGAUUUUGGGACAACAGUUUGGUGACCCAGGUGGGACUUGCCAGAAGGCCUUGCCCGGAUCAUCUUGCCGUUCCCGACAGCGGACUGGAUCGGAUCGAGCUCCAGCGCGCACCGACCUGUUGAUCGGGGAGUCCUCCGACCUCCCUCCGAAGUCGGGAUGACAAGAGACUCAAAGGUGCAACGCCAACCAGAGAUAUUUGUGCCAGGGCGAAAGGGGGGUGAAUCUCUGGAUUGGUGAGUAUAAAAUUUACUUACUACCAUGGAAGAUUAUGUUGGAUUAUGUUGCACAUAGACACUUGGCAAGGGUUGUCUUAAAUUGACCAGAGGGGUCAGAGCCGAGUGCGCACAAAGGUACGGGUAUAAAGGUAUUUCUAGGUAAUAAGGUUGGUAUUUCGAGGUAAUUGACAUGGGAUCAAGCCAAUCCACGAUUCCUCCCUGUAGCCCUUUGGGUUGUGUUUUGGAACACUGGGAUAUUUUUGGAGGAGAUCGGAUGACAAAAGAAGGAAUGAGAGGAUAUUGUAAUCAGUGGUGGCCAACGUAUAAGCUGGACUGUGAUGAGCAAUGGCCAGAAAAUGGGACCUUGAGCUAUAACACUAUAUUACAAUUACCGCUGUUUUGCUGCCAGAAGGGGAAGUGGGAUGAGAUACCCUAUGUGGAGGCUUUUAUGUCACUAUAUAGGGAAUCAGAAAUUCAAAGGGAAUGUGAACUGAUAAAUGAAGAGGAAUCUGUAAUGGUUGCAAUAGAAAAGAAGGAAGAGAGCGGGCAGUGUGCUAACAGAAAAAAAUCUGAAUGGAGAGGAUCAGGAGGAUGUACAAUCACUGACAGUGCCCCCCUCUUGUGGAAACGAUUCCACGUCAGUUGAAGAAUCCCCCCCCCCCCCCCCUAGAAAGCAAAGAGUCCAGCCCUGUUUCUGGCCAAACUAGGAGAUGCAAACAACCUGUUAUGCAGGCUCCUUUGAGGCAAGCAGUGGGACCAGGAGGGCUGCCAGUAUUUGUACGUGUUCCUUCUACAACCUCGAAUUUACUAAACUGGAAGUAGUCUAUUGGAGCAUAUAGGGAAAAUCAUGAAAAGCUGCACCAACUUUUGGAGACUAUUAUGAUAACUCAUAAUCCUAACUGGGGAGAUGUGCAGGCACUGUUGAAUACUUUCCUGAUGGGAGAAGAAAGGAGGCUGGUGACUAAUAAGGCAAAAGAAGAGGGUGAGAGAAGGGACAGA